CGCCCCAGCGGCCCCACAGCCACCCUGCGCCUCCCGGCCGGCGGCAGCUCCCCGCACCCCGCGCCGCCGCCCCGGCGCCCCGAGCCGGCCGCGCCGCCUCUUCCCUCCGGCAUGUUUUAAGCCCGGCCCUGCCCGCUCCCCUUCGGGCUUACCCUCCCGUCGCCGUCGGGUCCCGUCCCGUUUUCCGCCCCCCUCCCCCCCCCCACUUCGGUCCUUGCGCAUCCCCCCUCGAAAGGCCGGCGGCUGGGGGGGAGCGGGGGCGGUGGGCGCCCGGGGGGGGCGAGGGCAGAAAAGCCCCGCUCGACACCAUGGCGUCCAGCUAUGCCCACGCCAUGGAGAGGCAGGCCCUGCUGCCUGCCCGCCUCGACGGCCCCGCCGGCCUGGACAAUUUACAAGCCAAGAAGAACUUCUCCGUGAGUCACCUGCUGGACCUGGAGGAGGCGGGCGACAUGGUGGCCGCCCAGGCGGACGAGGGCGGCGGAGAGCCCGGCCGGAGCUUGUUGGAGUCCCCCGGGCUGACCAGCGGCAGCGACACCCCGCAGCAGGACAAUGAUCAGCUGAACUCAGAAGAGAAGAAGAAAAGAAAGCAGAGAAGGAACAGGACUACCUUCAACAGCAGCCAGCUCCAGGCAUUAGAGAGGGUCUUUGAGAGGACACACUACCCCGAUGCCUUUGUACGGGAAGACCUUGCACGCAGAGUCAACCUCACUGAAGCCAGAGUUCAGGUGUGGUUCCAGAACCGGAGAGCCAAGUUUCGCCGGAACGAGAGGGCGAUGCUGGCCAGCAAGAACGCCUCUCUGCUCAAAUCCUACUCAGGGGAUGUGACCGCCGUGGAGCAGCCCAUAGUACCUCGUCCAGCUCCGAGGCCCACCGACUAUCUCUCCUGGGGUACCGCCUCGCCUUACAGCGCCAUGGCCACCUACUCCGCCACGUGUACCAACGCCAGCCCGGCGCAGGGCAUGAACAUGGCCAACAGUAUUGCCAACCUGAGACUGAAGGCAAAGGAAUAUAGUUUACAGAGGAAUCAAGUGCCCACAGUCAAUUAACGACUCGAGGCAGCUGCCUUGCAGAAGGAGAAAAUACAACAGCACCCGUCCUGCUUUGCAACUUGUUUGUGCUGAAAGAAAAAAAAAAAAAAACACUACAAAAAAACCACAAAAAAAUUAAAAAAAAAGAAGAAAAAAAGCCAACCCUAACCCAGAACCGAACAUGGGGACCAAACUGGGAGCAAACUGAACCGCUCGUGAGUGACAAGGUUCCUCCUUCCUUUUGGGAUAAUGCCACCAUUUUUUUUUUCUUGUUAUUGUCAGGUUUAUUGCUUCUGCUCAUUAUACUGCGAGCUUCUUCAGUAAAGGACAGUCUCAUCCUUGUUGGUUUCCAUUUUUGUAUGGGACUGCAAAAAGACACCUCUGCCGAUCUCAGCCCGUGGACAUGUCCCACCUGCCAUCACGCUGAGAUGCAAAGCUUGCUCCUCUCUUCCCUGCCCCAGCUCACCCUAGAAGAAGAAGUUGUUUGGUCACUGCUUUCUGUUGUAUCCACCCAACCCUUUGUCCCUCCAGUCCCUUGUGCCACAGAGGCAGCGCCGUUACCGUUAGUUUGCGAGAAGCCCAUUAGUGCAACGAGGCGGGGUUGUCUGGACCAGUCCGAGAUGUGAGGAAUUACCUCCUUGGGCUUUGCAGCGCUUCAUUGAUUUCUUAAGUAUCUGCUGCCUCAAAAAGCCAAAGAAGAGAGAAAAGCCAGUGUGGGUGUGUUAGCGGGGGGGACGUAGUGAGAGGGAUCGCUCUGUAGUGCCAAGAAUAGCACUGUUAGGACACUCCUUUCUAUGCCUUACAGUUUGCGCCACAGGGAAAGGCGUUGUCCAGAUGCAUUUGUUUUAUAUAUACUGUAUAUAUUUAUAUAUAUAAGAUAUACAUGCAAGCUUGGUUGGUGUUUUUUAUUAAACAAAAUAAAAUUCAUUGAAAAGUGUGUGGGAUGUUUGUGCUGCAUCCAGGUUCCUGGAGCCGUGCAUUGAAAUUCCAGCCGCAGCCUCUCUCCCCCUUGUCAGAGCUCUUCCCGGUAGCCUCCGGCAGCACUUGAACUGGCCAGCUCACGUCUUCCCGUGAGAAACCUCGAAGAAGUGGAGCUGGAGGGAGCCAUGCUCUUUUGCAGCUUUUCCCCAUGGGCAUUUGCAUCUUCAUAGAAUAAGAUGAGGAUCUCCUCUCCAGUCAGAUAGGUUCCUGUGGCUCUUGGGAACACAAAAAGACAUCCCCAUGGCAAGCCUCUGCCAGCGCCUCUGGGACGGGUAAUGUCUCAGCAGGGAGCAUCCCACACAGACUGUAUCUCCCCCUGGUUCCCAUAACAUUGCCCAGUGAGACUUGUCCUGUAGCCUUAACCACUCUCCUUUGCUCUCCUGACCUGCUGUCUUCGCUCCCCUGCGGUCUGGAGAGCUAAUUAGGACCUAAUUUCCUUCUCUCCAUGAAGAGCAGAGGAUUUGCAACCCAAAAGAGGUUUCUUCCAUGCAGGCACCCCGAGGAAAUUGGGAUCUUUCAUGUCGCUGGUGAUGCCUCUCACAAAUUUGGGCGGAGGAGGAGGCUUAUUUAUGGCAAAUAGUGCUUGUGCAGGAGAGCUGCCCUGAGCAGGUGGGACUUUGCCAUGGAAUAGUCCCACUGAAGGUAGCAGAGCUACUUCAUGGUCCAGGCUGGACCACAAGGGAAGGAGAAUGAAGCUCACUCGUGAGGGAUACUUAUGGUGGAGUGGCUUAGGUCUCCAUCUUGGUGUUUGCUGCAGACACACUGGGCAUAUGUAGAUGUCUGACAGCGGGCUUUGAUAGCCUAAAAUAGCAUGUUACAGGAAAUGAGAAAUAAAUCUCUUUAAAGUGAAGGUGAAAAUUAAACUGGCAGAGGAUGACUGGAAAUGCAGCCAAAAUAUUUGAGCUAACAAUGGGGAAAAAAGCCCCAAAUCCAAACUAGUGUAAGUUGUGCUGGUGAUUAUGUGUGUUGCUGUUGGAUUUUUUUUUUCCCUGUAUGAAUGUUUUUGAGGAAAAAAAAAAAUCUAAUUGUGAUCAGGACAAAAAGCUAGAAGUUGUAGAUUACACUUGCAGAUAGAACACCAGCAGGGGAAGUGAGGCUGGACAACAUGGCGUUUUAAGAAAUCCAUGAUGUUCUGUUUGACCCCUUUUUUUGGCCUUUCAUUCUGUAGUCUGGAGAAGCUAACAUCUCUAAACCAAAAUAUUUCUGUCAUGAGUAGUGUGAUUCCAGCUCCUAGAGCCAAGUGAUCAUGCUGGAAAUCUCAACCUUCACUUAGAAACUCACUCUUGGUUCCUGUGCCUACACAAACAGAGAAACGAUUGAAGAACAUGUCCUGCAUGAUCAGAAGGAAAAAGGACCCAGUGCAAUGUACCGUUACUCAGAGGUCAAACCGGUUGUUAGGUGCCUUAGCCUGGUGCUCUCCCCUCUCCUCACCAUGCUGCCCUCCUCCACAAUCCACCGACCUCCCAGCAGUGACAGCAGCCUGAACGUACCCCUCAGUGGUGUCCUGAGGCUGCCCGAGUGUCUGCUUUUGAGGUUUCAGCUGUUUCCUUCAGCACCUUGGUGGCCUGCGGCUUUUCCCUAGUCUUUGCUUACCUUUUCUGCAGUAGAAAAAUCACCUUGAGCAGCUUUCUUGGAUGGGCAACCUGGUGUAGCGGAGGGUGUCCCUGCCCAUGGCAGGGGGGGUGGAUCUAGAUGAUCUUUGAGGUGCCUUCCAACCCAAACCAUUCUAUGAUUCUGUGAUUCUGUGUCUGUGUACAGGCACCCACUUCCGAAGUUAGCAAGGAGACAGUUCCAAGAGCAUGAACCUCCUGGUACCCCGUUAUCCAUGUGUGGACUGACCCUACCCCCACGCCGUGAUGUUUACAUGAAAGGGCUCACAUAAAUGUCUGUGCAAGCCCUUGUUCACCCUCCUCACUUUAUUUGUGUGAGGAAUUACAUUGACUUGCACGAGGCUGCUCCUGUGGGAAGGUUGUGUAAGCUUUUGCACCUCCAGUUUUAGUUGGGUCUUGCCUUGCGUUGGGCUGCUUGGUCGGGGAUGCCAUCUCAGCUGACUGGGCUGUUGUCAGCCCAGAUGAGACCUUUACAUCACCUUUGAGCUGGGCAACAUCAAGAUAUAAACCAGAGCAUCCGAGACAAUAUUGCUUCAUUUACAUGGAUUUGCUAAACAGCCCAGCUGGAUGAAUGAACGGGUUUUGCUGUUUGUUUCUUAAUUGCUGAUGACCUCAGCCAACAGGCAGUGUCUAGUUGUCUAUCAAGCCAAAGCGAAAUAUGAUCGUCCUGUCUGUUUAAUCUGUAUUUUAUUGAACCAUGUAAAUAUAUGUGCAAAUUAAGGGCCUUAUCCUGAAAGCACAGAGUUCUCCAGGGUUUUAUUAGACUUUCAGUCACAGCUCCUAGGAAGUUGCCAUGGCUACCCCAGUUAUCACUAAGUUUGGGUACCAUUUGGGGAGAAAAUGGUCUUGAGGCACGUUCCUCUCGCCUGCUCUGUACAAAUGCUGUUUUCUCAGGCCUCCCCUUUCUCGACACAGAAAUAGGUGGCUGAUUCCCUCUAAGUGGGAUUUUUGAUCAUGACAGGGACGAGAGAUUGAUGAGGCUGGCGGAGCUUGAUGUGUGAAGCCACAGGAGGGAUUCCCAGAUGGAAAUGUAUCCUGUAAAUUAUCUCUUGCUUUGUGAUGUAAAAUGUACAGUGUUUGCACUAGAAUAGAAAUUAUCAUUUUCAA